CGCUAAUCAUAAAUGUUAACCGAGAUUUUCACAACCAAUUAAAUUAGAUAAUUGCUAUUGAGUUGUGUAAACAUUAGCUGCUUUCUAAUUGUUUUUUUAAGUAACAAGAAACUUUUCAAGUUUAAUGUUUAUUAUCAUUUGUUGUUGAGUUGUGCCUUAGUACGUAAAUUUAUUGAUUUAAUUAGAGUUUUUCUAUUUAGCUUCCAUCUCACAAACCAUGGUGAGUUAGGAGGAGAAACUCCGGCAGCGUCGAAACAUGAACAGUCAGAAACAUGAAGUUAGUGCGUUGAAAGAGGCGGUUGUACCUAAAAAAGGCCGUGGGCGGCUGAGGAAGGUUGAGGAUACCACUGUGAAAAUCCCACAGUCGAAAAUGAAAGAAGCGGAGACAAAAUUUGGAUUGAUGAACGCCUCCACCUGGUCGUCGCCCUAUUCCAAGAUUUCCUCCGUAUUUUUGGAAGAUUGGUGGCUGAUUAAGGCUAAUGGCAAAGACCUGGCUGUUGGGGGCUCUGCUUCUAGAGGGGGUCUAGGAGUUAGAUUCUUUAGCUCUGCAGCAAUUUCCAAGAGGCACAGUACCACUGUUUUGGAGACAACUGAUGGCUUCACAAUUAAAAUUAGUGGUUUAAUAAACAUGACCCGCACUCAUCAAAAUGGAAUUCCAUCAGAGGUAUGCCAUCAAUUUCUGCUUGGUUUUCCACAUAAUUGGGAGGAGUAUGCUCAAUGUCUGGGUAAAGAAUGUACCAAUCAAGGCGCGUCAUUAAGGACUUGUGCAUCAGAUGAGUCGGACAUAAAUUUAGGAACAUGCACGAACAGUCUGUCUCCGCUUCCUUUGACUGAUCUACCCGUGCCUACAGUAAGAGAUCUUUUACUGUCAACAUUUGGACAUUCAGAUUAUGAUUUGGUCAUUAAUAAUAUUUACAAGGAUACACUUACAACUUCCAAGAAUGUUCCUUGUGAAUUUUUUGGAGGACGAAUAGAUUUGAACAUGGAAAAUAAGGAAGAUUGUAUCAGCGACGGGGAAAACUUAGCAAGUGCUGCAAAAAAGAAAAGUAGGACUGGAAAAAAUAGUAUCUUUGUCCCAAGACAAUAUAUUACAAGAAGCAUGUCUCGAAAGCAAACUAGAUCAAGUACCAAAUACUGUGAAUGAUUUGAAAAAGUGAAAUACAAACCAAUGGAAUGUUUCUUCAAUUCACAAGAUCAUUGAUGAUGCUAUGACUGUUAUCAAUGAAAGAAACAAUGAUUCAUUCCAAAUUUGUGCAUAUAUUAGUAUUUAAAAAUCAACUCCUUGGACUUUUCUCUCAUUUACAAUCAAUGAGAAAGGCAUCUAGGCACACCAUGUUGCCUAAUAGCAAUGUAAUAUUGUAGUUUUUUUUUGUUUAUGUUGUGUCUAGAUAUAUUAGAUAUGUUUGAUCAAGUAGCUGAGUUCUUUUUAGGG